CAAUCCUUUGCGCUUCCUUUUCCAGCAGCCUGCGAUCAUGGCGGACGAGGUAGCGGAGCAGCCACUGGACCAGAAACCAGUCCACGGCCGGGAGCUGAACGGCGAGGCGGAGGUCAUAGACGGGGCCGACCCGGCGGAGGAGACCACGAAAAAGAAGAAGAAAAAGAAGAAGAAGAACAAGUCUGCCACGACAGGCACUGAGGCGGAGACGGAUGGAGUGACCGAAGUGACUAAACAGCUGGAGAAGCAGGCGAUAGAGGAUAAAGAGAAGGAGGAAGAAGGCGAGGAAGAUGGCGAUGACGGAGAAAACUCUGCAGGGAAAAAGAAGAAGAAGAAAAAGAAGAAGAAAGGACCCAAAUCUCAGACUGAUCCUCCGUCUGUACCCAUCUGUGACUUAUACCCUAACGGAGUUUUCCCCAUCGGACAGGAGUGUGAAUACCCCCCCGUUCAGGAUGGUCGCAGUGCAACCUCACGUAUGACCAUGGAGGAGAGGAGGGUGCUGGACAAAGCCAACGAGGAGGUGUGGAGCGACUUCAGACAAGCGGCCGAGGCCCACAGACAGGUCCGCCAACACGUCCGCAGCUUCCUCAAACCUGGGAUGACCAUGAUCGAAAUCUGCGAGCGGUUGGAGGACUGUUCUCGUAAGCUGAUCAAGGAGAACGGGCUGAACGCCGGCCUGGCCUUCCCCACCGGCUGCUCCCUGAACCACUGCGCCGCCCACUACACCCCCAACGCCGGCGACCCCACCGUCCUGCAGUACGACGACGUCUGCAAGAUCGACUUCGGCACUCACAUCAACGGCCGAAUCAUUGACUGUGCCUUCACCGUCACGUUUAACCCAAAGUACGACAAGCUGCUGGAGGCCGUGAAAGACGCCACCAAUACCGGAAUCAAAAACGCCGGCAUCGACGUGCGCCUGUGUGACGUCGGAGAGGCGAUUCAGGAGGUGAUGGAGUCCUACGAGGUGGAGCUCGACGGCAAAACGUACCAAGUGAAGCCGAUCCGAAACCUGAACGGUCACUCGAUCGGUCAGUACAGGAUACACGCCGGGAAGACGGUGCCCAUCGUAAAAGGAGGAGAAGCAACUAGAAUGGAGGAAGGAGAGGUUUAUGCUAUUGAGACUUUCGGUAGCACAGGGAAAGGUGUGGUCCACGACGACAUGGAGUGCUCCCACUACAUGAAAAACUUCGACGUCGGCCACGUCCCCAUCAGGCUGCCCAGAGCGAAGCACCUUCUGAACGUGAUCAACGAGAACUUCGGCACGUUGGCGUUCUGCCGCCGCUGGCUGGACCGCCUGGGCGAGAGCAAGUACCUGAUGGCCCUGAAGAACCUGUGCGACCUGGGCAUCGUGGACCCCUACCCUCCGCUCUGCGACACCAAGGGCUGCUACACCGCUCAGUUCGAGCACACCAUCCUCCUCAGGCCCACCUGCAAGGAGGUGGUGAGCCGAGGAGACGACUACUGACACCCCCCCACCACCUCCACCCAAUCUGACCCUACAACACCACCGAGACGCCCCCCCCACCCCCACCCCCACCCAUCCCACCUUCACUACCACACUGCACCUCCAGACCCCGUUAGAGAAAGAGCUUCUAAAACAGGACGUCUCAGAGAAGCACCACUCACAGCUUUAAGGAAGGAGGAGCUGCCUUCUGAAAGUUCACCAUCCGCAGAUAAUACGAAGCCAAACAAGCCAACACGUUUCUGUCGGAGGACCGCAUUUUUGCAAAAAUAUGAAAAGUUUUAACUGUUAAACAGUUAAGAUUGUAUUUAAGCUACUGCUGAAUUUAACGCCCAGUAUUCAAACAGAAGGUGACCGCGGGGGGGAAAACCUCUUAAGCCUCCCUUUCAUUUUCAGUUUCUACGGCUCCACUCUGAGCCUCCAGUUACCUCAGUGCUCCAUUUAAAUUAAGCACCGAGGAUGCUGGCAGCUUUAAGACGUGGUCAGGCGGAUGCAUGGCCAAAAAAUUCAAGGGUCAGGGGUGUUGUAGUAAUAAACGCCGUCUUCAUACAGACACCGUGAACCUGCAAGCUGUACGUUUGGCUUCUGUCGCUACGGGAGGGAACGCUGCACUCUGGCCCUCCAGUCAUUGUUUCUUUGAUAUUUGUAAAAUAUCCUCGAAAUGGCUGCUGUAUGGCCACUGUAUGUUCACAAUUAAAAAGGCUUCAUUUUGAACUCCCUUAAAUAAAAAAAAAAAAUGUUUUUGUAAGAAAAAAAAAGAAAGAUGAUUAAAAUAAUUUUGCUCAUUGUGGGAUGACUAUUCUGAUGUUUCUGAUCACAAAACCAAAACAAGUACUUGAAUGUACUGAUAUCUGCAACUGGAACAAUUAAAGCAAUUCUGAUCACUGGAAUAGUUAUAUUUUCAGGAAAUAUC